AACAAAACAGAGAAGUGGAGAGAUUUAAGUGAAGGAAAUGAUUUCCGCAUCCUAAGUAAGCUGUAAGGUGCUUUUCCACUUUUCACCUUCCACUUGGAAUUCAUAGUUCUACCUGAACUCCACUAGAUGGCAGCACAUACAUUUAUAAAGUGCAUGGAUGGCGCCACUAAACUCUGACAGCAGGGAAACUACAAAUCCCAGCAUGCAUUAUUAAGCACUUGACUUGCUUCCAGUCAAAGGUCUCAAGUUUGUUGCUCCCACCGAGUUCUGGAGAACGCCAUCAGCUCGCUGCUUAAAAUUAAACCACAGGUUCCAUUAUGGGUCGACUUGAUGGGAAAGUCAUCAUCCUGACAGCUGCUGCUCAGGGGAUUGGCCAAGCAGCUGCCUUAGCUUUUGCAAGAGAAGGUGCCAAAGUCAUAGCCACAGACAUUAAUGAGUCAAAACUUCAGGAACUGGAAAAGUACCCGGGUAUUCAAACUCGUGUCCUUGAUGUCACAAAGAAGAAACAAAUUGAUCAGUUUGCCAAUGAAGUUGAGAGACUUGAUGUUCUCUUUAAUGUUGCUGGUUUUGUCCAUCAUGGAACUGUCCUGGAUUGUGAAGAGAAAGACUGGGACUUCUCAAUGAAUCUCAAUGUGCGCAGCAUGUACCUGAUGAUCAAGGCAUUCCUUCCUAAAAUGCUUGCUCAGAAAUCUGGCAAUAUUAUCAACAUGUCUUCCGUGGCUUCCAGCAUCAAAGGAGUUGUGAACCGAUGUGUGUACAGCACAACCAAGGCAGCCGUGAUUGGCCUCACAAAAUCUGUGGCUGCAGAUUUCAUCCAGCAGGGCAUCAGGUGCAACUGUGUGUGCCCAGGAACGGUUGAUACGCCAUCUCUACAAGAAAGAAUACAAGCCAGAGGAAAUCCUGAAGAGGCACGGAAUGAUUUCCUAAAGAGACAAAAGACAGGAAGAUUUGCAACUGCAGAAGAAAUAGCCAUGCUCUGCGUGUAUUUGGCUUCUGAUGAAUCUGCCUAUGUAACUGGUAACCCUGUCAUCAUUGAUGGAGGCUGGAGCUUGUGAUUUUAGGAUCUCCAUGGUGGGAAGGAAGGCAGGCCCUUCCUAUCCAUAGUGAACCUGGUUAUGAAGAAAACUCACCAAUCAUCUCCUUCCUGUUAAUCACAUGUUAAUGAAAAUAAGCUCUUUUUAAUGAUGUCACUGUUUGCAAGAGUCUGAUUCUUUAAGUAUAUUAAUCUCUUUGUAAUCUCUUCUGAAAUCAUUGUAAAGAAAUAAAAAUAUUGAACUCAUAGCAAGAGAAUAGUUUUUAAAAUAAAUCUCAAUAUGUAAGCAUC